GUCCUAAAACUGCAGCCUCUUCUGUUGUGCAGGCACACCCUUCUCGUUCUUCCCAACCUUCGCGUUGUAUUCAUUUCGGUUUGAGAAGUUUCGGUUUGAGGAGCUUAAGUUAUAGUUAGGGAGGUUAUAAUGCCUCUGGAGAGAGUAGUGAUUGUGCCGGGAAACGGCGCCGAGAAUACUGUGGAGCUCAACUGGUAUGGAUGGACAAAGAAACAAAUAAACGAGCAGAUUCCUGAUCUGUCUUGUGCACUGAAGAAAAUGCCGGAUCCUGUAACUGCCAGAGAGAGCAUCUGGCUACCGUUCAUGAAGGAGGACCUGGAAUGUGAUGAAGAAACGCUCAUCAUCGGACACAGUUCAGGAGCGGCUGCAGCCAUGAGGUAUGCAGAAAAACACAAAGUUUUUGCCAUUAUUCUGGUAGGCGCGUACACAUCAGACCUGGGUAAUGAGAAUGAACGCGAAAGUGGAUAUUUCAACCGGGCAUGGGAAUGGGAAAAGAUCAGAACAAAUGUGAAGCACAUAAUUCAGUUCGGAUCUACAGACGACCCAUUCCUGCCCUGGGAAGAGCAACAGGAAGUGGCUGAUGGACUAAAGGCAGAUUUACAGAAAUACUCGGACCGCGGACAUUUCCAGGACACAGCCUUUCCAGAGCUCAUCGAUGCAAUAAAAAAGCUCAAAAGCAGCAGCUGAAUACAAAAACUAACUUUCAUCCUGUGUGUAUUUUUAAAAAAAAAAAAAAAAAAAAAAAAAACCAAACAAAAAAAAAAAUCACACUAAGUGAUGGCAAGUGUAUUAUUGUGGUAGAUGCUGAAACCACUUUCAUUUAUUUUUAAUACAUCAUGUAAAUCCACAAAUACUCAAGUUUUCUGUACAGUAGUACACAGAAAUCCACUCAUCUGAAAUAAAAUGCCUGUGUAAACUGAGACAAAAUGAACAAAAUAAUUAAAGACGUACAAGUAAUGGCA